AUGAGAAGGAUUAGAGCAGAUUACUGAGCAGUUUAUAACAGCAGACAGGAGGAAGAAGAGAACGCACACCAGUUAGCGGAUAGAUUCUGACCAACUGGGCUGAACUGAUGCAGUGAACCGGUACCAGCCUGUCUGAACAGACUCCAGCAGUGAGCGUGAGUUGGUGGAGGGAGGUUGAACUUUUUGUGGGCCGGUCUGGGGACAGCAGGCAGUGUGGAUGGACGGGUUCCAGGCGUAUGGAGCAGGGAAGGCUGGCGGCGCCUUCGAUCCUCUGACCUUCAUCAAGCAGCCUCAGACCGUGAUCCGGAUCCUCUGCUGGCUCUUCUCCAUUGUGAUCCUGGGAUGCAUCGCGAACGAAGGCUAUGUCAACCGUCCCGAGGAGGUGGAGGAGUAUUGCAUCUUCAACCGCAACCAGAAUGCCUGUAACUACGCCGUUGCCAUGGGAACGCUCUGUUUCCUCUGCAGCGCCGGGUUCCUGGUGCUGGAUGUUUACUUUCCUCAGAUCAGCGGGGUGAAGGACCGCAAGAAGGCCGUCAUGGCGGACAUCGGGGUGUCGGUUUUCUGGUCUUUCAUCUGGUUUGUGGGCUUCUGCUUCCUGGCCAAUCAGUGGCAGGUCUCCAAAGCUGAAGACAACCCUCUGAAUGAAGGCGCCGAUGCUGCCAGAGCCACCAUCAUCUUCUGCUUCUUCUCCAUCUUCACCUGGGCGCUCCAGGCUCUGCUGGCCGUCCACAAAUUCCAACAGGGAGCCAGCACCGUCAUCUUCAACCAGGACUACGUGGACCCGGAGCAGCAGGAGCCGGUUGAGGCCCCGCCCACAUACGAGUAAAACCCCGCCCAUGCGCUGGCCUAGAGGCGGGGUUUAAACUUUUCAGGGAAUGUAUCAUAAAAUGUAGGUGAUGUGGUCGUGAUGCACUCAGGAACGCAACACAAGUUUUCACAGAUCCGCAACAAACUGUUUAGUUUGAUGACGACACUCUUGGAGGCCAGUCCUCUUUCUCAGGAGCCACUCACAUCCCAGAAUGGUGACAUUUAUUUUAUUUAUUACAAACAGUGUAAAUCGGUAGAUGUUUUAUACCAAUCAUCCAAACAGUCAACAAAGGUGGCCAUGCGAGAUCAUAUCCGGGUUCCACUACUUCCUGGACAUCUUGGGUCACUCAGCCAGCUGGAAAAUGUCAUUUUCCUUUCAGAAAAUUAUUUUGUUUUGCUUUGAAGACUCUUCGGAAUGUUUUUUAAAAGAUUGGAGCAUCCUCUUUGUAUAAGCAAGCUGCUAUUUUCCACUGAGGUAUGAGACGGUCUUUGUAUUUCAUGGUGCUGUGAUCUGUGAUAAUAAACUGGCGUUAAAUGAUGA